AAACACUCCACGAGCCGAGCGCAACACAUCGCGGGCAGAUCUGCGUGUUUAUUUAAUCCACAUUCUCCCUCAGUUAGCGAUCGCGUGUCUCGAUUCGGAUUGCUGAAGCCGCCGCCGCCGCGCGUCGGAGGGACACUUGGAGAGACUUUGUUCGCGAUCGCGCUACCGGACACCUGCGCGUCCGCUUCACCUUGUGGCAGAAUGUUGCUGUGAAGCACAGUGUCUUUUUCACGCAGAGUGGAUUUUUUGGGGCUCGAUCGUGCCGUGGGUUUAUGUGAUAUUUCUAAAAAUGCAUCAUCACCAUCAUCAUCACCAUCAUCAUCAUCAGAGAAUGGCCGCGUUAGGGACGGAUAAAGAACUGAGCGAUUUACUGGAUUUCAGCGCGAUGCGAAACAGCGAUUUGAAAAUGUUCCCCACAUCAAUGAUGUUUUCCCCUCCUGUCAGCAGCGGGAAGAACGGACCGACGUCCCUGGGAAGCGGACACUUCUCUGGCUCAAAUCUGGAAGACAGAGCGAGUUCGUCUUGGGGAAAUGGAGUUCGUGCUACAAAGAAUUAUGCUGACGGCUCUCAGUACGGUCACAUGGCCAGUCGGGACCUGGGGUCACAUGACAGCAUCUCUCCGCCGUACGUCAACUCCAGAUUAGCAGGUAAAUCAGAGCGAGCGUCGUAUUCAUACGGACGGGACUCCAGCAUUCACGGCUGCCAGUCGAGUCUCAUGGGAGGCGAGGUGGGGAUGGUCAGUCCGGAGACGGUGUCGCCCACCAAACUGGGCUCGCAGUAUUACCAGCAUUACGCAGGAAACCCGCGCCGACGAGCCCUUCACAGCGACUCCAUGGAAGUCCAGACGAAAAAGGUUCGGAAAGUUCCUCCCGGAUUGCCCUCCUCAGUAUACGCCCCGUCCGCCAGCACUGCCGAUUAUAACCGGGACUCACCGGGUUACCCGUCCUCUAAAGCACCGGGCAGCAGCUUUCCCAGUUCCUUCUUUAUGCCAGACGGCCAUCACAGUACAGACCCAUGGAGCUCGUCCGGCAGUAUGAACCAGCCCGGAUACAACAGCAUGCUGGGAAACUCCACACACAGCGCUCAAAGCAGCAGCUACUGCGGCCUGCAUCCGCACGACAGACUCAGUUACCCGUCACACUCGUCAGCUGAGAUUAACCCCAGUCUUCCUCCCAUGUCCAGUUUCCAUCGCAGCGGCGGGACGAAUCACUACAGCACGGCGUCCUGCUCCGCCACCACUAACGGGACAGACAGCGUCAUGGCGAAUCGAGCGCCGAGCGGAGCGGCCAGCAGCUCGCAGACGGGAGACGCGUUAGGAAAGGCUCUGGCUUCAAUCUAUUCCCCCGAUCACACCAAUAACAGCUUCUCAUCCAACCCGUCCACUCCUGUGGGAUCUCCUCCCUCGCUCACAGCUGCCAGUACGGCCGUCUGGUCCAGAAACGGUCAGGGAGCCUCGUCCCCAAAUUACGAGCCUCCGCUGCAUUCGCUGCAGAGUCGUAUCGAGGACAGGCUGGAGCGGCUGGACGACGCGAUCCACGUGUUGCGCAGUCAUGCGGUCGGUCCGUCCACAGCGAUGGCCGGCGCUCACGGGGACAUGCACGGAUUGAUCACUCCGUCCCACUCUCACAACGGGGCCAUGGGCGGCCUGAGCGCCGGAUACAGCGCUGGACUGCUGCCCUCCAACAGACACUCGCUUAUGGUGGGCGGCCAUCGUGAGGAUGCGGUGGGUUUGAGGAGCGGACACUCCAUCGUGGCCAAUCAGGUGUCAGUACCGCAGCUUCCUGUGCAGUCGGCCACUUCCCCCGACCUCAACCAGCCCGAUCCGUACAGGGCUCUCUCGGGCGGUCUGCAGGGUCAGAGCACCUCGUCUGUGAGCUCAGACAUCAAGUCCGAAGACGAAGGGGACGAAAACCUGCAGGACGGCAAAUCUCUGGAUUCCAAGAAGGAGGACGUGGACAGCAAGGAUCUGAAAGCUAUAGAGAGCAACAACGACGACGAGGAUCUGACCCCAGAACAGAAGCUGGAGCGAGAGAAGGAGCGGCGCAUGGCCAACAACGCGCGUGAGCGUCUGCGCGUGCGCGACAUCAACGAGGCCUUCAAGGAGCUGGGCCGCAUGGUGCAGCUGCACCUGAAGAGCGACAAACCCCAGACCAAACUGCUCAUCCUGCACCAGGCCGUCGCCGUCAUCCUCAGCCUGGAGCAGCAGGUCCGAGAGCGCAAUCUCAAUCCAAAGGCGGCGUGUCUGAAGAGGCGGGAAGAGGAGAAGGUGUCGUCGGACGGUCCUCCCCUCUCAUUGGCCGGCGGUCACCACAGCAUGGGCGAGGCGUCCAAUCCCAUGGGACAAAUGUCGAAGCUGCCAGAAUUCAUCAAAAUGAUGAGCGAUCACUUCCUUUGACAGCGUCAUUUCUGCCCCCGAACGUCAGUCAAACAAUCAACCGACCGACCGACCGACCGAACGAACGAACGAACGAACUUCCAUCCGACCGACCGACUCCUACGUGUUCCCGUUCCUGACUGCGUCUGCGAGGAUUCCUCCUGUAAAUUAGGGAGUGGCGUGGGAUUCGUUGUGCAUAUCUUCCUCCGAGCAUUCCCUGUUGCAAAAGAAGACGUUUUUAUGUAUGAAAAAAAAAAAAAAAAAAAAGAAAAGACCGACGGGCGAUUCUUCAAACAUAUCAUGAUGUUGUGGAGGUGUGGAGACCAGCCGUCCGAUUUCAAUGGCAAUCCUGUCCACACUGUGGAACUCUUGUAGCUGUGCCUCACGGAACUCCUUACGGAAAAAAAUAAAGAUUCCCAAUCAGUCGGGACGAGAGGAGCUGUCAAUCAAACGACCGAGACGGGAUUCGGCUGUAGAAUUCAACCCUUCAAACCUUUGCAAUAAUGUCAUUUUCGUUCUUUUGAAACCAGCAGAUCCCGAAGCGCGAACGUUCAGAGGCCGUCCUUUGCCGACUUUUAGCCUACGGAAGCUCAUUUCUCCGUUUCUCCGUUUGUUUCUGGCCAUCGACUCUCCCGAAAGCCCUCCCGGACCCCGAAGAUGCAAUUUUAACAUGUCGAAAACUUCAACCAACGUGCCUUUUAGAGCUCAUAUCAUCACACGACUGGAGGAGAACAUUAUCUAGGAUGCAAGCGUAGGAAACGUUAGUCAUUAGGUCUAUGCAGUCAGGUUUUUUACGGCCUGGAGUUUAAAAAAAAAAAGUAAAAAGGUAAAAAAAGUAUUUUUUGGAUAAACUGUAUUUAAUGUACUGUACGGCUAUAUGUAAUUAGAAGGUGUGUCCAGCCCCGUGUGGCCCCGCCCACAGCCCCGCCCACCCGUCACCGUCGUUCUUGAGCAUUGUAUUAUAGAUAUCGGCUUUUACGAAUACAGGCUUGUUGUUGAGCCGCCGUAGUACAAAUGUGUGGUUGUACGUGUAAAAUGGCUUUUUCUCUUUUUUUAUCUCUCUAUUCUUCGUCUGUACUGGUUUCUCUGUCAAAAAAAAGGAAAAAAAUGGACGGGAGGCACUGAAAGUGGACACAAAUCUAUUAGAAAAUCGAUAUAUAUAAAUGUAGAAAUAUAUACAGUAUAUAAAGAGACGAGGAGGAGUCGACGAGGAGCGAUUUUUCAUUCUGUAAAGCCGAGCGGAGACGCGCCGUGAGAGACGUGACUCUGUUUUUGGAAACGGCGAGCGAAACCGAAAACUCGGCGAAGGGAAACGCAAAACACACGGACAUUUGUAAAUUGUAUGCCACAAAUGCAAACGUACCAUUAUUUUGAAAUUGUGUAUGUAAAAGUUAUAUUUUUACAUGUAGGCUGUUGUUAUUUUGUGUUUAGAAAUGCGUUGUAUCAGUUCCUCUCUUUUGUUUUUUCAGAAAAAUACUUCAUUGUGUGUUGAAACGUGUCACAUUGAAAACGUAGUGAGAACAAAAGCAAAAAAAAAAAAAAACGUAUGUUUAUAUUUGCGGGAACAUUUUUCUUUUCUAUAACGGUUGGGUGGUGGGGGUCGGGAAUCGAAGCUAUACGAUUAACUCUCUCAUCCUCUUUCAUCAUUGCAUUGUCAUUUUUAAUUGAGUAUUUUUUGUGUAAAUAGACGUUGAUCAUGUGGCCUGGUGAGGACGUGAUUGAUUAGCGUUAACGUGUGUCGACGAUCAAACCUUCGUUUGCAUUCUCGCUUUUGUAAAGAGACGUCGCUGAAAGAAUCCGAACGACGACUGGGAUGUGCUGCGCUUUCGCCGCCGGCCCUCGUGCUCGCAGUUCAGGCCUGAUUUUAAUGUCGCGCGUCCGAUUUAGACGACGCGGAAACGUAACGUGAUGCAUAUUUGUCAUACGUCAAUGAAACUAAACUGAAUGUUUUAUACAUUAUAUUUAUCAUCAAUAAACUCAGUUUGCUUUACGUUUCGUGGAUUUUAACUAAGAGAAACACUUUUACACCACUGAAUAAAAUGACUUUUUUUGUCUGAAUUCUGAGUUACGUUUCGCAAUUUUGCUUUUUCCACUACAGAAUAAAACACAAAAAAGGUCAUUCGGCAUUGCUUCUCACAAAUCUCAAUUUAUUUGACAGAACUGCAAGAAAAAACGUCAGAAUUGCAACUUUUACUCGCAAAUCUGCUUUUAUAUCUUGCAAUUUGGACUUUUUCUCGCAAUUUUGAGCAAAACAAUCUCACAAUUCUGAUUAUAUCUUGCAACUGUAAAUUUAGAAUUUACCUUUUUACCACAAUUCUGCAUUUAUAGUAUCUCACAAUUGAGAUUUUUUUUUUUGUCUGAAUUCUGAGUUUAAAUCUCACAAUUCCGUUUUUUCCAUCACAGAAUAAAACAAACAAAAAAAUGUCAUUCAAACUUUCUUUUUUUUUCACAGCAUUGCUAGAAAAAAUGGCAAGAUAUAAAAAAGUGCUUUUUCCUCACAGUUCUGACCAAAAAAUAAAUAAAUUCCCCAAAUAUCUCACAAUUCUGCCUUUUUUUUUGAGUUUAUAUCUCACAAUUCUACUUUUUCAGUCACAACAAAACAAAAAAUGUCAUUCUUUUCACAGAAUAGCAAAAAAAAAAGUCAAGAUAUAAAAAAAGUUUACUUUUUUCUUGCAAUUCUGAGCAAAAAUAUAUAUAUAUAUAAAUAUUUCCCCAAAUUUCUCAUAACUAUGACUUUUUUUCUCGCAAUUCUGAUUAUAUCUUGCAAUUGCAAAUUUAGAAUUCAACUUUUUACCGCAAUUUUGCAUUUAUAGUAUCUCACAAUUCUGACUUUUUUUGACUUUGCAUCUCGCAAUUCUGUUUUUUCCAUCACAGAAUAAACUUUCAUUUUUUGUCACAGAAUUGCAAGAAAAAAUGGCAAGAUAUAAAAUUUUUUUUACUUUUUCCUCAAAAUUCUGAGCAAAAAAAAAAAAAAAAAAAAGUUUUUUU